UUUGUUCACCUACAGCAGAUGGAGCUGUACACAACAAUUCUUACUUUAACCAUUGUUCUCUCAACUGAUGCUGAAAUUGUACAUGAAUAUGUUGGAAUUCAUGGAUGCUCUGAGACAGAUGGAGAGGAUAUGCAUGAACUUGAUGAAGAGGAGAUGUGGCAUGCUGACUUCAAUCAGAAGAGAGGAGUAGUAACAUUGCCUGAUUUUGCAAAUCCUUUGGAAUUUACUCAUUUUUAUGAAACAAGUGUUAUUGAAAUGACAGGAUGCAAAAGUGAUGUAGCAUUUUUGACUAAAAUUUUCAAGAGCCCACCACCAGAAAUGGAUGCACCCCAUACAUCCAUCUAUCUAAAGGAUGAUGUAGAGCUGGGUGUUCAGAACACCCUCAUCUGUCAUGUGACUGGCUUCUAUCCUCCAUCUCUCAGCAUCUCAUGGACUACGAAUAAUGCUAAUGUGACAGAAGGCAUAAGUUUAAGCCAAUACCGUCCAAGGGCAGAUGGUACCUUCAACAUCUUCUCCACUCUUAAGGUUACACCUGCUGAAGGAGACAUUUACAGCUGUACCGUGAACCACAGAGCCCUCCAGGGUCAACCUCAGACCAAAACAUGGGAUGUAGAUGUUGCUCUCCCAAGUGUUGGUCCAGCUGUGUUCUGUGGAGUGGGUCUGACUCUAGGACUGUUGGGAGUCGCUGCUGGAACUUUCUUACUCAUUAAAGGAAACAACUGCAACUGACUAUAAAG